AUGGAAGUCAAUAGAGACGAAGCAAUCCGAUGUUUAGAUAUUGCACACAGCCGUUUAGCUUCAGGAAAUAUAACGGGAGCAAUUAAGUUUGCUCAAAAAUCCAUCAAUUUAUUUCCAACACCCGAGGCUCAAGCUUUUCUUAAAAGAGUUGAAUCACGUAAAACAACACAAACACCAAAUGAAAGUAACAAUCAUAGAAGCGCCUCACCUCCACCACCUCCUUCGCCUUCAAGUUCUUCUAGGGAACAUAAACAAGGAAGGCAAACUAGGGAAUAUACUACCGAGCAAGCUGAAGCUGUUAAGCGAAUAAGAGCUUGUGGUGUACACGACUUUUAUGCUAUACUUGGAAUAAGCAAAGAAGUUAGCGAUUCGGAAGUUAAGAAGGCUUAUCGAAAGCUGGCUUUACAGAUGCACCCGGACAAGAAUGGUGCUCCGGGAGCAGAUGAAGCGUUUAAGAUGGUUAGCAAAGCUUUUCAGGUUUUAAGUGAUCCACAAAAACGCGCAGCUUUUGAUGAAAAUGGGGUUGAUCCAGAUUCACGUAAUAGUGGUGGAAUGCCACCAGGUUUCGGAGGUGCACGAUUUAAUAAUGGAUUUUCAAAUGGGGCAGUCUUUGCUGAUGAAAUUUCACCCGAAGAACUUUUCAAUAUGUUUUUCAAUGCGGAUGGAUUUCAUUCGGCAACAUUUGUUGGGCCAGGAUUUAGAGCACGUCGGUUUCAACCAAGAAGAGCAUCACCUAACGGAGAUGGUGCACAAGAACAACAAUCAUCAGCAAUUCUUACAUUUCUUCAACUCUUACCACUUAUUUUACUUUUCUUCUUUUCAUUAUCAUCAAACUGGUUAACACAAACUCCAGAACCUAUGCCAGCAUAUUCACUUCACCAAACAGAUUAUCAUACACAAUCCAGAUAUACACAUUCAUUAAAUGUUCCAUAUUAUGUAGACCCAAAAUCAUUUUCAUCAUUUGAACAAAAUCCAAGAAGAUUACACAAAUUUGAAGAUAACGUUGAAGUUACAUUUGUUAAAUUAUUAACGUCACAUUGUAAUAAUGAAGCAAUCUUUAAACAACGUAGAAUAAAUGAGGCAAGAGGUUGGGUAUUUCAAGAUGAAGAAAAACUAAAAGAAGCUCAACAUAUGAAAUUACCUAAUUGCGAAAAAUUAAUGGACCUUAGUAAAACUAAAAGAUAUAAUGAAGUACGGAGAAUGAUGAGAUCUUGA